UUUAAACAUAUUUUUUGAAUUUUGAAGUUUUAUCCAAGGAAAUACCACCUCACGAAGUAUCAUACUAUGAUCAUAGAUUCAUAUCCCUCGGACUUUCUCUCUCUAACUUUCCUUUGCACCGCUGUCCGCUGUUUCUACAUCUAUACCCACGCGAAAAAACAUCACCUCCUCAUCUCUCAAAUCCAUCCACCUCUCUUCUCAAACAAAACCCACACCUCAAGAUUACUAGAUCACAAGUUUGAACAAUAACCCGCAUUGAAUCUUUCUUCGGUUCUUGAAAUAAGCUUUCAAAGUCCAGAAGAACAACUCCCACGUCUUCAAUUUCUGUAUAUCUUCGAUCUUGACUGUAAAUGGUGGUAAAGAUGAUGAAAUGGCGCCCAUGGCCGCCGAUUUUAUCAAGAAAAUUUGAGGUGAAAUUGGUGGUGAAGAAGAUGGAGGGUGCGAAUUGUGAUCCUCUACAUUCCGACCUAGAGAAGGAUAAUCGUAGGGUUGUGGAAAUCAAGUGGAAAGGACCCAAGAUCACUUUGGGUUCAUUUAGAAGAACAUCGAAGAGGGAUUUCACAAGAGAAGGGGAAAUCGUUGAUCCGAACGGUGUUGUAUUCUGGGAUCAAGAAUUCAAUUCAGUUUGUAUCCUUUCUGGGUAUAAAGAAAAUGACUUUCUUCCAUGGGAGAUUGGAUUUACAGUUGGAUCAAACACAGGGCUGAAGAACAAGGUUCCUUUAAUCGGAAAAGCCUACUUGAAUCUUGCUGAAUUUGCUUCUUCUGCAAACGAAAAAGAAUUCGAGCUCAAUAUUCCUCUUGUCGUUUCAUCUGGAUCGACGGAGCCUCACCCAUCACUUCAUGUAUCACUCAGUUUAAUGGAGUUGAGAGCUGCUCAAACUCAAAAUCAAUCAUCGGAAACUUCAUCGGGGGAUAAAGACGAGCAUUCAGCACUUAAAGCGGGAUUAAGAAAAGUUAAGAUCUUCAAGGAGUACGUCUCGAUUAAAAGAGGCAAAAAAGCCUCCGGCGAGGACGAUAACGAAAUUAGCGGAAGCAGGAGUGACGAAGGUGACUAUUCCAAUUCCAAUUCCAAUCUUGUUGACUCUGAUUUAGGCGAUGAUUCCGGGGACGGCGAAUCGUUCGAGAAUGCUAACGUUCGGAAAUCAUUUAGCUAUGGCACGUUGGCAUAUGCAAAUUACGCCGGUGGAUCUCUUUUCGAGGACAAUCUUUAUUAUAGUAACCAGAAAUCCGAUGAGAGUGAGCGGUGCUCACCGGAAAAUGACCCGACCGCUUCGAAUUCUGAACAGAGUAUAACUCAGAUUCCGAAACGAAGCAUCUUACCAUGGAAGAAGAGGAAAUUAAAUUUCAAAUCACCACCGAAGGGCGAACCGUUGUUAAAGAAAGAUUACGGUGAAGAAGGUGGAGAUGAUAUUGACUUUGACCGGAGGCAACUCAGCUCCGAUGAGUCUCUAGUUAACCUACCUCAGGUAAUUCUUCCGGCUUCUGAGUUUGGGGACGACAGUUUUGCAAUCGGGAAUUGGGAACAGAGGGAGAUAAUCAGCCGAGAUGGGUGCAUGAAGCUUCAGACGGAGGUUUUCUUUGCUUCUAUAGAUCAACGUAGUGAAGAGGCCGCCGGAGAAAGCGCUUGCACCGCCCUUGUGACGGUGAUUUCCGAUUGGUUCCAAAACAAUCACAAUUUGAUGCCGAUUAAAUCCCAAUUUGAUUCUCUCAUCAGAGAAGGUUCAUCAGAAUGGAGGCGUCUCUGUGAUAACGAAACUUACAUGGUCCGAUUUCCAGAUAAACAUUUUGAUCUUGACACCGUCCUCGAGGCCAAUCUCCGCCCUCUCUCCGUCAUCCCCGGAAAAUCUUUUGUCGGUUUUUUUCACCCCGAUGAACUCCACGAGGGUAGUUUUGACUUUUUACACGGAGCAAUGUCAUUUGAUAACAUGUGGGAUGAGAUUAGCCAUGAAUCAGAAGCUUCUACAAACAGCGAACCUCAAGUUUACAUAGUUAGCUGGAACGACCACUUUUUUGUAUUGAAAGUCGAUUCAGAUGCUUAUUACAUAAUUGACACUUUAGGGGAACGACUCUUUGAAGGUUGCAAUCAAGCUUAUAUCUUGAAAUUUGAUCGGAGCUCAGCAAUUUUCAGACUUCCCGCCAUGGAUUCCGGCGAGCAGAUUCCGGCAGCUGAGCAGCCUAGUGAUUCCGGCGAUAAGAUUUGUUAUGGAAAAGAAUCUUGUAAGGAGUAUAUUAAGAACUUCUUGGCUGCCAUUCCUAUAAGGGAACUGCAAGCAGAUAUCAAGAAAGGUUUGGUUUCUUCAACUCCAGUUCAUCACAGGCUACAGAUCGAGUUUCACUACACUCAGUCGCCACCACCACCUGCCGCUAAUGGUGUGGUGGUCAAUGCCACGUCAGCACCUGUAACUGAGUUUGUCAUAUAGAGGACAUGUGAGUUAUCGGGGUAAAGCUGUGAGCUUUUUUUUUUUUUUUUACUAAUGUUUCUUGUUCUUGACUGGUUUGAAUAUGGGAAAUCACAUAAGUGG